GAGUAGGCUUAGGUGCCAUUUUGGCCCAAGUCGGUGACGAUCGUAAAGAAUACAUUGUUGCUUACACAUCAAGAAGUCUUACAAGACCAGAACGUAACUAUUCUACGAUGGAACAAGAGUGUCUUGCCGUUAUCUGGGCAAUCGAACAUUUCUAUCACUAUCUUGGCUAUAGGCUAUUUACUGUUGUAACUGACCAUUCAGCGUUGAAGUGGUUGGAAACUUUGAAACUGAAAGGCCGCCGUGCUCGCUAG